GAAGUAAACAGCCGAGAAUGGCGCCAGCCAAAGCAGGAAAGGGACGAUCGCCCUGGUGAUGAAUGUCCGCGCUGCGGGGUAGUUACAUCCCACUUCAACCUCACCUCAACGUUACAUGGAGAACACAUCACAACUACAACGCUCGCUGAUAACCUCCGAAGCACUUAUAUCUUCCUCAACUCUCAACCUCAUGUCUCCAUUCUCCGGCUCUCAAUUCCUAGGCCACUCCCCAGAUUGAACAUUCCAGACUCACGCAAUGGCGACCGCAGUCGAAUCCCCAGCAAUCCCCACUGCUAACGGCGCGACUACGAAUGGCGCAAUCACGAGUGGCACCGCCAACCCCACCGACCCCUACAAAGCCGCCCUCGCCUCCCUCGAACGCGACGGCUUCGUCGUCCUCCCCGCCUCCCUCUUCCCAUCCUUCAACCUCGAUGCGCUCCGCGCCGCCGCAAAACGCUCCACAGAAGCAGCGCGCUCCGGGAAAUGGCCCUACAUCCGCACGCUCCCCAAGCAAUUCCCGCCGUGGCCGUCCGACGCAUCCAAUGGCAUCUGGGGGGUCCAACAUCUGCUGCACCCCUCGAACCCAGACCACCUCACGUUCGCGAAGUCCUACUUCGAUAGCGAGCUGCUGCGGUAUGUAGCUACGCUGAUUGGAUGCAAAGAGGAGGAUUUGACCAUGGAGCUGUACAACAUGUUAGUGCGGCCGGAGCGCGAUUUCGCGCUGCGCUGGCAUAGAGACGAUAUCGCGGCUGGUGCGAGUGCGGAGGAGGAAUUGGAGCGCCUGGGCAAGCCCGGGUGGCAUGCGCAGUGGAAUCUCACGCUGUGGGAUGAUAGCAGCCUCGUCGUUGUGCCUGGGUCGCAUAAGCGCGCGAGGACGGAUGUCGAGCGCAACGCAGACCCAUACGAACCGAACAUGCCGAACCAGCUCGUCGUGAAGCUGAAGGCGGGCGAAGUCGCCUUUUACAAUAAUAACAUUCUGCACCGAGGGGUUUAUGAUAGCACGAAGGAAAGGAUGACGCUGCAUGGCAGUAUCGGGACGACGCUGGGGAGCGCGGAGCGGGCGCGGAAUGUGCUGCAGCAUGGGGUGGGCGAGUGGGUUAAGGAGUAUGAUUUCCAUGAUUUCGAGCCCGAGAUGGCGGAGAGGGCGGCGCUGAUGAGGGAAAAGCUUGUGGAGAUGGGUGCGACGAGUGGGGAUGUGGGCUUCUUUAGCAAGGAUGAAUAGGGA